CGUUCGAUAAAUGAUUGAUAGAGAAAUUUCGAAGCGAUUCGUCUUUGAAGCAACAUUCGCUGACGGAUGGAUGCUCGUGUUCGUUAAGUGACACGACAUGUUGUUAUCAAAAGUUCUUUCAUUUCUUUCUCUCUGAGCUGUGUACAAGCCAAACUGGCGUAAACAGCCGACAAAGUCGGUGUUUGCGCCGUCUCUCGUGCCUGCUAACGAGAUAUUUAGUCCAGUCUGUCAUCUGGUCGGGGCGUGCGUUUUCACUAAAAUGAACGGAAUCGUACAUUACGCUCUAGUAGCCUUCUGGGGAAAGUCCGGUUCCAGAAUUAUCGCAGAUUAUCCUGCGGAUAAGGAUUAUCGCGCCAUUGCUCUUGGUAUUAUUAACAGUCUGAAGACAAUCGAAGAUGACAGAAUCAGCGUCAGUCAGGGCAAAUUGACUCGAUCUACCUUCAUACUUUGGCUUGAUCAAAGUUUUUCGGACAUCCUAUAUAUACAGGAUAAGGCAAUAACUUCGUCCAUAUGGAAUAUCUCUGCUACUUUUAAAGAUAUAAAAAUAUUGUAUACGGUGCACGUGUUGCUCGGAGAACUUCAUUAUGCGUGUCUGACAUCGAGAUCGGAUUGUCCGUCGUCAGCGAUUUGGCUAGAAUCAUGCUCUCAGAUAUUUUUGCAAAGAUUGCGGAGCGUUUACAGGGAAGUGCCAAUACUAGCGGAUCUAUCGAGAGAUUUGACCCACUUUGCAGCGGCUGAUCUUUCAAAACCGUUGAAAAAGUUGAUAAAAGAAUAUAAUCAAGAUAUCGAUCGCCAAAAUGUCAAUCCUAGAAGUUUGAUACCGAAGCUGGAAGAAGAAUUGGGUGAAGUGCGUCGUAUAUUGAUGGACGCGGUUCAGAAGCUGAUUGAUAGAGGCGAGAAAAUGGACGAACUUGUACGAAAAACGCAGAGUCUCGAAAUUUCGUCAAAGGACUUCCAUGUGGUAUCGAGAGUUCCGCGAAAAAAGAAGAGUGUCCUAGUGGCGACCGGAACAGCGAUCUUGAUGAUAGUAUCGACUUCACUUCUAGGAGUUUUGAUGUACAUAGGUAUUUUAUAACUUGUUGGUUUUAUAACUUUUUUCUGUUUUAUGUAUCUUUGGCGAAAAUAUUGUGACAUUUGUGUAUGUGUGUAUGUGCGUGUGUGUGUAUAUAUUAUAUAUGUAUGAGAAACAAGUUUAGUAUACUCUAAA